AUGGAGAGCGCCCACAAGAGCGGAGGCGGAAGCACGCCCGGAGCGGGAGCCGGAGCCGGAGCCGAAGGGGAGGGCGUUCUGUGCCACGCGUGUGGGUACCAGUACCCGAACGGGCACCCGAGCGCCAAGCAGCGGCGCGCGCACCGGAAGCACUGCGGCAAGCCGACGUCCGCCGCCGCCGCGGCGGAGGAGGGGGCCGGGGAGAACGACGGCAGCGAGCUGCUUCUAGGUGAGGGCGGAGCAGGCGCGGGAGCCGAUGGGAAUGGAGCUGGCGCGACGGAAUGCGGCGGUGGUUCGCCUGGAUCUGCGCACGAGCCUGGGGAUGCGGUGGAGGGAGGAGGGGACAGUGCAGGUGCCGGUGCAGAUCCUUCAGGUAAUGGUGCUGGGCAUCAAGUCAUUGGAGAUAAAUCUGCUGAAGAUUGCCUCAUCAGUAGCAGUAAUAUUCCUUCUGAAAUCACUUCUGAGGCCAGCAGGACUGAUGAUGAUACUCUGACUACAGUGGCUACACGGUACUCUGAAAAAGGAUCACCUAUUGAGGAUGAGGAUCCAUCUGAUCUAGCAGUUACUUCUGAACAGCUCCAGGAUGUUCCCACUUCUGUUGUUUUACCAGAGCCUGAAGACCCUGCAAAGUUCGGUUCUGAAAUCUCUGAAAAUGAAAUACAGAACUCGAGUAUUGUGCCUCUGGAAUCAGAUGCAGCUGGAGGUGGAACUUCUGAACUGACGAGUGAUGUAGUCAGACAGCAUGAUGGGGUUGCUGUGACUGGGGAAGGUGGUAUGAUCAACACCAUAGGUGAAAGUAAAUCUAGUGAGGGAAAAUCUGUGCAAGGUGACGAGCUUGGUCUCUCAUGUCAAGAUAUUCUACAGACUGAGAUUGGUGAGGGGCACAGUAGCACUGUAGUGGAGGAAGAUUCAGGUGACAAGAAUCCUACUGCAAGUAACAGCGAAGAAAUCCUGAGCGACGAAACUGAACCAAAACAGCAAAGCAAGCAUGAGUUAACUGAAUCAUUUGAGAAAGUUCCUAACAUUGAGCCUGUUGAGUCUUCUGCUGAGAAAUCUGUUGGUACAGAUGAUGACUUGCUUCAACUUGGUAAAGAUGGUUGCCACUCAGAGAUACCUGAUGAUAUCAAAGCUCAGCAGCAACCUGACUCUACCUCUGGAAUGGCAGAUCAUCUGGCAAUCUCCAAAGGGGCUGACAAUGUUGAAGGACAGCAUGAUCCUACAACAGAUGAAAGCAUCGGAGCAAUAUCAAGUACAUUUGGACCUGCUGUUGGUGCCACAGCUAACCUUACAGAGGAUGUUUGUUCGUCUGGCAUAACAAUGGAUGACAGCAUGCAGGAAAAUGUGGCAAGUGGUACUCUCGUACCAUCUCUAGUUGAUGUAGUGGAUUUGAUUCCUUCUGCUACAGCACAUGUGGUCGGUAGUAUAAAUGACGUUGACGAAAAGAGUCAGAAUGAAAAAAGCAGUACAGACCUUGUUUCAUAUGAGGUAAAAGAGAUGGUUAUCAAGGAUAACUUUGAAGAAAAACAGCAGAACAAAGAUGUCAUUGUAGAUCCUGCUCCUCAUGAAGCCGAUUCUUUUCCUAGUACUGAUAAUCACAGGGAAAAUGAGCAGAAUGAAGAAAGUAUUGGAGACACCACUUCUUACAAGAUAAGUGCUGUACAAAGCAUGAGUAGUACUGAAGAAAAGGAACAGAUUGAAGAAUUCAUUGCGAAUCUGGCUUCUGAAGAGAUCAAUGUUACAAGUAACAGAGACAUGGUUGAGCAGCAGGAUGAGAAUGAUGUAAAAACAAACCAUGAAAUAGACGUGGCACGCAGCACAGAAGCUACUGGAGAAAAUAAUGCUACUGCUGGUGAGAGUAACGUGGGAACCAUCACAGAUGUUGUUGAAGACAAAAUGCCUAAUGAAGAAAUUACUUCAGGCACACUCUCUCUUAACAUCGCAGACAGCAGCAUUAAUGAGUUAAAGAUGCAUAACGAAGAAGUUAACGAGGGCCUAGGUUCUCAUGAUGAUAUUGUGGUACAUGGCCCUGAUAAUGUCAAAGAGCAGAUGUACGAAGAGACUACGUCAGGUCCCACCUUAGACAAGUUUAGUUUGCUUACCUCUACUGACAGUCCUGAAGAGAAGAAGAAUGAAAACACAAGUGUAGACCCUAUUUCACACGAGACCAAUGUGGCACAAACCAGUGAUGGUGUUGAUGAAGAGAAGAUCGGGAGCCUGCUCAUAAGCGAUGCUGAAGACAAGAAACCGAGUGAAGAAACUACAGCAGAUCCUAGACCUGUUGAAAACACCACAACAACACGAGGCACAGAGGAUGCGGAAAGCAGCAAGCAGAAUGAAAACACUACCAGCAUAGGCAAUGCUGAAGACAAGAAGCUGGGUGAAGAAACUACAACAGAUCCUAGACCCGUUGAAAACACCACAACACAAGGCUUUGAGGAUGCAGAAAGCGGCAAGCAGAAUGAAAACACUACCAGCAUAGGCAACGCUGAAGACAAGAAGCAGAGUGAAGAAACUACAGCGGAUCCUAGAUCUGUUGAGAACGCCACAACACAAGGCACAGAGGAUGCAGAAAGCAGCAAGCAUAAUGAAAACACCACCACUACAGAUGAAACCGCUGAAGUGGCACAGAACACAAAUGUCAUCGAAGAAAGGGAGACGAUGGAAGAUACAGCCUCAAAGGAGAUCAGCACCAUAGAAACAACAGAUGACCUGAAGGGAGCUACUGAUCAGAACGAAGAGAUAGCCGACAAGGAAAUGGUCACCGACUCAGACAAGAACCACGUCUCGUUGAAGGUCCUCCUCGCGGACAAGAACGUGGAAACCAAAGAGAAGGAGAAGAAGGCGAGCACCAAGGACCGGGUACUGUCGUUCAGGCGCCGGGUAUCCAAAGACAAUGCGUCGCCGGUGAAGCCAGGUUCGCCCAAAGACGGUUCAGGGCAGCAGGACUGGAACUCUCCCGCCAGGUUGCCUGUUGAGAAGAAACCCAAGGGAAGGAAACAGCAGUGGGUACCGUUCAUUUGCUGCUCGUCGGUACAGUAA